AUGUCCAUCUCGCGAUACGAAGGUUUCAGCAUGGAUAUGAAUAUGGAAUCGAAAUCUCGUCUCUCGAAAAUCUUGCAAUCAAAAAAUCGACUUACGAGAGGAAAUACCCUUCGAGCAAUUUCUUCCGCAUCAUUCCCCUGCUCUCGGUCGAAGCAAGUAUCUACUUCUCCUAACCACGACUUUUCCGAGCCUCGCCCUAGCUUAUGUCUGCGCAUUCAACUCAUGAGUGCCUUGGAUAACCUUGGCUCAAAGAAUUACAAGGAGGUUCUAGGGGUCAUCCCCUAUAUAUCUGUGGAGAUUUGGGUUAUUGUCACGGACCGGUGA